AUGGAGAGGACCUGGACCCCUGACCUGCUGGUUCUGACCGCACUGGUCCUCCCGCUGGGUCUUCAAGCAACUCAACAGGACUGUGGGCAACGCGGCCUUGGGUUCCCCGAGCCUCAGGAAGGGGCCUCCACGCAAGGGGAGUGGCCUUGGCAGGCCAGUGUGAGGCACCGGGGGACCCACAUCUGCAGUGGCUCCCUCAUCGCCGAGGCCUGGGUCCUCACGGCCGCCCACUGCUUUGACAGGCUCUCCGUGGCGGACCCCGACUCCUGGUCGGUGGUCCUGGGCUCCCUGCUGCGUGAUGGAGUAGGCCCGGGGGCUAAGGAGGCGGCCGUGGUUUCCAUUCAGCUCCCUGGGGGUUACAACCGCUACACCGAGGGCUCGGACCUGGCCCUGCUCCAGCUGGCCCCCGCCGGGCUCCCCGACGGGGCCGCUUCUCCCAUCUGCCUCCCUCAGCUGGGACACCGCUUCCCCUUCGGGGCUUCCUGCUGGGCCACGGGCUGGGGCCAGGGCACCGGAAGAGCCCCCGGGACUCUCCGGAACUUGCGCCUCCGUCUCAUCAGCCGCCCCACCUGCAACUGCCUCUACAACCGGCUGCACCUGCGGGCCCUGUCCAGUCCGGCCCGACCCGGAAUGCUGUGUGCCGGAGCCCAGCCUGGGGUCCGGGGGCCCUGCCAGGGAGACUCAGGGGGCCCAGUGCUGUGCCAAGAGCCAGAUGGACGCUGGGUCCAAGCUGGGAUCAUCAGCUUCUCAACCGGCUGCGCCCAGGAGGACGCCCCCGUGCUGCUGACCAACCUGGCCUCCCACGCCUACUGGCUUCGAGCCCGGGCCCAGGGGGCCACCUUCCUCUCUCAGGGCCCUGACGUCCCCGAGAGUCAUGACGAAGACAGUUGCGUCGCAUGUGGCUCACUCAAAGGGGAGGGGCCGCACCCUGGAGCCCCCUCUUCAUGGCCCUGGGAUGCCCGGCUGUGGCAUCAGGGGCAGCUGGUGUGUGGUGGGGCCCUGGUGUCUGAGGAAGUGGUGCUGACGGCUGCCCAUUGCUUCAUCGGGCGGCAGUCUCUGGAGCAAUGGCGCGUGAGGCUGGGCAUGGCUGUGGGAGAGGAGGAGCGGGGGCUGCAGCGGCUGACCCUGCACGGGGCCUACACCCACCCCGCGGGGGGUCACGACCUGGCUCUGCUGGUACUGUCCCAGCCCGUGGUCCUGGGCCCCACCCUAAGGCCCCUCUGCCUCCCCUACGCCUCUCACCGCCUCCCUGAAGGGGGACGCGGCUGGGCCCUGGGCAGGGUCCCACACGGAGCAGGUUUUGAUUGGCCCCAGGCUGUCCCUGUGACCAUCCUGGGCCACCUGGCCUGCAACCGACUCGACGCUGCUCCUGGGGGCCAGGGCGGCCCCAUCCUCCCUGAAAUGGUGUGCGGCAGCGCCUUGGAGGAGAUGCCCCGCUGUGAGGCUCUUUCCGGGGCGCCCCUCGUGCACGAGGUGAGGGGCACGUGGUUCCUGGCUGGGCUGCACAGCUUCGGCAACUCCUGCGGAGGCCCGACGGGUCCCGGGGUUUUUACGUCCGCCUCCGCCCACGAGGAUUGGGUCAGCGGACUGGCCUGGCAGGUCUACUUCGCCGAGGAGCCCGAACCCGAGGGAGGCAGCUGCCCUGCUAACAUAAGUGCCACGUGACCCCGACGACAGCGAGGCCCAGGGGAAGACUUGCCUCCUGCCCUCCUGCCCUCCUGCCCUCCAGUCGAGGAGGCAGAGGCAGGCUGGGGCCCCUCCGGGAUUCGGGAACCCGACUGGCUGGGGGUCGAAGGAAGAGGUUGACAGCGACUGUUCCUGGAAGGAAGAAA